AUGGAUUGGUACACCAGACACACCAUCAUUGCGUCGUCAUCCCCACUCUCAAAAUACAACCACAGGAGAUACCGCCGCCUCACUCCCGCUCCUCUGCACUCCCUUUACAUCCUCGACAUCUCCAGUGGGAGGAUGAAGAAGCGCGUUGAAGGACAAUACGGUGCGUCUUUCGAACCCCCAAAUGACGGCAGAGAGCUCGUCACCUGGUCAACAAACCCCAAUCAUCAAGGCCUCGUCACCGUCGUACAUGACCCUCAUACGCAUUCCGAGAUCGACGUCCCUCUCUUGACGCCUCUCCCGCCACCUGUGUCGACAGACCCCUCGAAUUACUUCUACACCUCCCAAUCCGCACCACUCCCCACUUCGUCACUCUCCACCUUGUCCGGCUGGGCUGGCGGUUAUAAGUAUGACGAAAUUUGGCAAUCACAAACUUCAUCAGCCGCUAACGCGAUGGCGUCAGCACCAACCCCAGCAUACGAAGCCCCUGGUUGGGAGGCACAUCAACUUCAGCUCAACCAUUCUGAUCUCUACUUUAGCUCGGACGAUUGGGAUCGGAUAGAGGUGAACCAUGAGGAAGAUCGCCACAUUGGAAGACGAUCGUGA